GCGUAAUAAUUAUUAUUAUUGUUGUUGCUGUGCUUGUGCUUUGUGUGUGGUUCUCCGGUCUGAUCUGUGGUGUUGUUGUUUCAUGAUGCACUACAGCCUUACAGGCUACAGUGUAGAUCUAUUGUUUCGUCUAGACGUGAAGUGUACGACUGCCAACUAACGACAGUUACUUACGUAACCGUUUACGGUUACUUCUCAAGUCUUCUGCAGCUAGCUAGCCGAGAACGAAGCGGUGCGCCAACGACGACUAUGACUGCAUGCCAGCAACGAGAGAGCUUGAAAACUCAGGGCCCUAGCCUAGGCUAUGCUUGUUUGCCUAGCUCAUCAUGAAUGUUAUUCGAUCUGAGCAUGCAUUCGCCCGAUACACUUCGCAUACAUACACAUUCUUUGCUUCACGUCAUGAUCGAUAUCUUGCAUGUAUCUUUCUUGCUUGCAUUUGAAACUAUGAAAGCCCUACGUCUACGACAUGACAUGUCCACAGCUGUCUUUGAUGGUAUACGGUACGCGUAUACCGUGGUAUACGGGACAUGUAUAACGUCUUUUGCAUAGCUACGGGAAUAAUAAUUAUUACGGUAUUAUCAGUCCUCAACUUUUGUCAGAGUUUCAGCAAGGGAGCCUGGCCUGGCACGGUUGGUUUGGCUCGUCAAUUUUUUCAAUUUUUUUCAGUUCCUCAACUGAACAGUUGAACGCGAGUCAAGACCGUAUCAAGCGUGCACCACACGUCGUCUGCUGACCGUAUUCAGCACUGGUAAAUAGUCAGUUGGCAGUAACGGACGGUACCAGGAGAAUGACCAGGGUCAUACUGCCCAGCAGGUGGAAGGCGUUCUUCUACGUGGAGAUAUUCCUGGUGGUGAGCUCCGGACUGAGUUGGACGCUCGCACCCGACACGAUGUACACGCUGGUGGGAUACGAGGCGGAAACAGAUGUCUUGAAAAACAUCUCCUGGUCCGUCCGAGCAGAUGAUGACAGCAACCCCUGCAGAUCUCCUGUAACACCUCGCCAUUACGCAGCCAUGACAGCUGGUCAGGUGGUGGGCUUUGCUUACGGCUACACGUUGCUACGCAUCAUGCUUAGCAGUAGCUUGGACUUGGACAUGUUCAGAUUCCUGCUGGAAGCCAUGACGCUAGGUGAUGUAGCACAGGUAGCAAUUUCUGCUCAUCUGCUGAUACGCGGGAUAGCAGUGCAAACCACUAGUGCACUGUGUAGCAAUGCUCUCACACCACUAUGUCAAGCACCCAGCACAGGAGGUCUGGCGCUUGCAGCCGGAUUUGCAACCUUCUUCGGAUUAAUGCGGGCUUACUUCUUGUUCUGCCGGCUCCCCAGCUUGCCAGCACAGACUGAUAAAUCAGACUAGCUGCAGAGAACUUGACACUACCUGAUUGGACAUUCUGUUUGUACUGUUGAAAGUUUACUCAUGAGUUUCCUGUGCAUGAACUCACCGUUUUGGACCAUUAACCUGCGACACUUUUUGCCCAACCAUGGGCCUACAUUGUAUAUUGUACAUUGUAUAUUCUGACCCGUGAAACCCUUACCCAAAGCACUGCACUGAUUAUCCCGGUCGGAUCAACUGGUUUUGCUAGUAUGUGUAUGUGUAGCUGUAAUAAGAAUGUAAUACUUUGAUAUUGAUUUUGAUUGACGUUGAUUUUGUGUUUCUCAUUUUGUUGCAAUCACUACUUCUCCAUGCCGGUUUCUUUUUUUUCUUCUCCUCCCCUUCUCCCUUCCUUGCCGUGGUUGGCUAACACCCUCUCUCUUUGUAUUGGCCGGUGUUCUCACUGUGCUAUGAGAUGCUGUAAUAAAUAAAUAAUAAAUAAAUAAAUACUGAGUGUUGUCAACGCGUCAAAACCAUUCAUGUUA